UAUGUGGAGGAAAAUUGCCGACAAAGUAACCCUGGAAAAUCGUCAUAUCGAAGCAAUCCAAGAUUUUCCUCGCAGCAAACGGUCAUUAGGAAAAUUUUCACGCACCCGUCAAGAAGCAGAAGCAGGUCGCUCCCUCUUUAUCCUCAAGAUUCGAAAUUUUUAGCCAAUCGUGAUCCAGUGGUCAGCCGAAAUCGAAAGUAGGAAAAAUGGUCGUUUUUGCCCUGCAAUCGAUGCGUGCCUUCCGGAAUGCAUAUGGAGCUCUCCUGCGACGCAAAUUUUCCACCAACAUCGGAGAAAAUCGGGCAGAGAAAGGAUUGGUUCUGGGCCUGUACGAGCAGGAAAUUGAAACGGACGAGCCUCGCUUGACUCCAGUGGCCGGCCAUUUCGAUGCCAAAACGGAAGGACAGCUCGUAAAUCUAAUCAAAGAGUCAAAUCUGAAAGGAAAAGUUGGACAAGUCAAGGUGUUCAACAACAUCGAUCCGGACUUCGGUUCGGUGGCCGUUGUAGGACUCGGUUUGGAAGGGCUCGGGUACAAUGAGCUUGAACAGCUGGACGAAGGCCUCGAGAACGUUCGUAUCGCGUCUGGUGUAGGUGCUAAGUGUCUAGCGAAGCAAGGAUGUUCCCGGAUUUCAGUCGACCCAAUGCAAGCGGCAGAACAAGCAGCGGAAGGAAGCGGUCUUGCCACCUGGAAGUACCAGGCCAAUCGAAUGAAGUCGGAGCGGAUUCCAACGCCGAAGUUGGAGUUGUUCGAUUCGCCGGACGGAGAUGCAUGGACGAGAGGCUUGUUCAAAGCUGAUGCGCAGAAUCUAGCACGAAGCUUAUCCGAUGCACCGGGAAAUCAGAUCACUCCGACGGCCUUUGCGCAAGCAGCUGUGGACGCUCUUUGCCCAUGUGGAGUUAGCACCGAGGUGAGAAACAUGGACUGGAUUGAGUCGAAAAGCCUGGGCAGCUUCUUGGCGGUGGCCAAGAGCUCGUGUGAACCACCAAUCUUCCUGGAAAUCAGCUACUGUGGAGAACACGAUUCAGGACGUCCGAUUAUGCUGGUUGGCAAAGGAAUUACGUUCAACAGUGGUGGUUUAUGCCUGAAGGAGCCGCAUGGUAUGUCACAGUACCGUGCGAGUAUGUCCGGAGCGGCCUCCAUCGUUGCCACCAUUCGAGCCGCGGCAGCGCUUUCACUUCCGGUCAAUCUAGUAGGCCUCAUCCCACUGUGUGAGAACAUGCCUUCAGGAAUGGCAUUCAAGCCGGGAGAUGUCAUUACUACCCUUAACGGAAAGACGGUUGCCAUACACGACACCAGCAAUGCAGGACGUCUGAUCAUGGCCGAUACGUUCAUCUACGGCCAGAAUACAUUCAAACCCAAGGUGGUGAUGGACGUUGCGACGCUUACGAAUGGAGUAACACACGCACUGGGUGGAGCCGCCAGUGGAGUAUUCUCCAACUCGGACUUCUUGUGGAAGCAGAUGCAGAAAGCCGGAGCCAUCACCGGAGACCGUGUGUGGAGAAUGCCCCUGUGGAAGUACUACACGCAUAAAGUUACAAAUUAUACGAAUGUGGACAUCAGCAACACUGGCCAGGGCAAGGGCAGUGCCUGUUUGGGUGCCGCAUUCCUGAAAGAGUUUGUCCCGUGCGUGGACUGGAUUCAUCUGGACAUUACCGGCGUCGGAAUGCUGAAGAAAGGAGUCGGUAUUCCGUACCUCGCGGAAGAGCGCAUGACUGGCCGACCAACGAGGACGCUGGUGCAGUUCUUGUACCAGAUGGCAUGCCCGGAUGAGCAGGUGAAGAGCCUUUCGAAGGAAUCGUGCGGUGCAAAUUAGGGAACUUAUGUGAAGUGGACAUCGGACGUAGUGUGGUGCUCGUUUAUUUAUUUGAUAUAUGUUUAAAUAAAUGUAGUUUCUUAUAGUAAAAA